GACAUUGACAUUUAAUCUUGUAGAACUACCGAGAAAAAUUAAAAUCAACUAGUAAUUUAAAACAAUGGCAGACUUAUUAAAUGAUACAGUUUUACCGGAGGAUUUAAAGAAAUUCGAAAAAAUUUAUCACCAGCAUUUAUAUAAAAAUGAAGUGACACCAAAAGUUCAGUUUGAGUAUGCUUGGUGUUUAGUUAGAAGUAAAUAUUCCGCUGAUAUUCAAAAAGGUAUCAUGCUACUAGAAGAACUAUAUAAAAAUAACAGUGAUGGAAAGAGGGACUAUCUUUAUUUCUUAUGUGUGGGCUAUGCUAGGAUGAAGGAAUACUCUAAAGCCUUAAAGUAUAUUAGAUCAUUUUUGGCAGUUGAGCCAGGUAAUACACAAGUAGCAGGUUUAGAACAACUAAUAAAAAAGAAAAUGGAAAAAGAAGGUCUAGUGGGUAUGGCAGUGGCAGGAGGAGUGGUAGUAGCUGUAGGAGCCAUCGUCAGUGUAGGCAUGGCUAUAGCCAGCAAAGGGAAAUCAUAGUUCUUCCAGAACUUUUCUAAUUUUUCGUUUUUUAGUGAGUGAUCAGUACCAAAUAUCAACUUGUAAUAAAAUUUUGUAUAUUCUAAAAAGGAAAUAUUUAUAUUUUUUGUAUCUAUAAAAACAAGCAAACUAGUGUAUGUUAAAAUAUAAAAAUACUUCCACAAACACAUUUCAUCACAAGGAAACUUCAGUGGUUGUAUAGGACCACAAAAUUUUCAACAUUUACUAGUUUGCACAUAUGUUAUGGAUAUUAAAAAAAGCAUUUAAUGCGUUUAUCUGUACUGAAUUUAUUUUGUGAUUUAGAAAUACAUGUGUUUUUUUAUAUUAAUAAUUGAUAUAAAUUUCGAUCACUUUAUUAUGACAUUGUUUUGUUGCUAUCAUUGUAUAUAUGUGUUAAGUUUUACUUAGGUUAGGUAUUUAUAAAUGAAAUGAAUGUCUGAAUAAUAAAUGAAGCUAUUUUAG